GAGAUUCCCACUGUGUCGGCUGCAGGGCACUUUGACCCUAGCAGUGAUGCUGCCGCUCUGAGGAAGGCCAUGAAGGGCUUUGGGACUGACGAAGCUGCCAUCAUUGCAAUCCUGUCUCGCAGGACCUCCGACCAGCGUCAGCAGAUCAUGCUGAAGUACCAGCAGUCCUAUGGCAGGGAGGAAGGAGAUGGUUCUAAGAAAGCCCUCACUGGGGACUUGGUGAAGGACCUGAAGAGCGAGCUUAGUGGCAAAUUUGAAGACACCAUUCUUGCCCUGAUGACCCCUCUGCCGCUCUUCCUUGCCAAGGAGAUCAAUCACGCCAUUGCUGGGGUUGGAACCAACGAGAGAACCCUAGUGGAGAUCCUGUGCACUAGGGACAAUGCCUCACUUAUGUUGAUCAAGAAUGCUUACUACCAGCAUUUCCGCAAGAAGCUGGAGGAAGACCUCCAUGGCGAUACCUCAGGAGAUUUCCGCCGUCUCCUCAUUUCAAUGUGCGCAUGUGCCAGGGAUGAGGCGAGCUGUGAUCCAGCCCUGGCAAACAAUUUGGCCCAACAGCUAUACAAGGCAGGUGAAGGCAAGAUGGGUACAGAUGAGGCAGAAUUCAACCGCAUUCUGUCAGCUUACUCGUAUCCCCUCCUGCGCUGCGUGUUUGAAGAAUACAGGAAGAUUAAGGGAAAGACCUUUGGCGAUGCCAUUGAUUCUGAGCUGUCUGGAGACCUGAAGCUUGGCAUGAAGACCAUCUAUCAGUGCAUCGAGAACCGAGCAGCUUUCUUUGCCAAGGAGCUGCAUAAUUCCAUGGCCGGGGCAGGCACCAAUGACAGGGCUCUUAUUCGCUUGGUGGUGUCUCGCAGUGAGAUCGACAUGGGCAACAUCAAGCAGGAAUAUCAAAAGCUGUACAAGAAGCCCUUGGAGAAGGACAUCAAGGACGACACCUCUGGCGACUACAAGAGAGUACUCCUUGCGCUUGUUGAAGGCUAAGUUCUUUCUCCCCCACUCAACUGCUUUUGCCUUCCCUGUAAGACCCGUGAUUCUAAUGCAGUGCAAUCUGUUCUAGGACGACGUUGGCGGAGACUACAAGAAGAUACUUGUGGGGUUGGUUGAUGGCUAGACUUCUCUCUUGCUUACCAGAGCUCUGGCUUGCCAUCUGCACACAGACAUUGGAGGAAAUUCAUACCUAGUAGCAUUUAAAGGAUUCAAGAGUGCUAGUAGUAUAGCCAUAUUUUGUAAGGAUUUUAUCUCUACUCUUUUUCUAUUUUUGUCUCUUUUUUAUGUUGUGGGUACAAAAGUGUGCUGUUUAUUUUCUUUUUCUUUUCCUCCUUUGUCAGUAAUUCCAGACUUCUUUUUGGUGAAACUGUUUUUUUGUGUUUUUGACUUAUAUAUUAUAGAAUGCCAAGUCGAGAUUGAAAUUGAAAUAGAAAAUGCAAAAAAAGAAAGAUUACGAGUCAAACCGUGAAUGUUUAAUAGAGUAGUUGAGUAGAUGGAAGAAAGGAGUCUUGUUGUAUUAGAGAGAACGCAAUUUUUAUCAGAGUAAUUUUGUGUAUGAUUCUUAUAAGCAAGAAAAUCUAGAUUUUUGAACUCUUGUAUCUUUGCAUGGAACAAAGCCAGUUAUUGUAUUUUGAAUAAUUAAUGUCUCAGAGAAUGUUCUUUUUUAUAUGCAGAUUUCUAUUUUAAAUCGUCAGUUGUUGCAUUGUCCAUGUCUGUAAUAAAUAUGUAUCAUAUGAUAUUGAUAUUACAGUAUUUGUUUUACAAGUAUUCAAUACAUCCAAUAAAAGGUAAUUCAUUCUAAUUGUUGUCAAAUCUUCAGGAACCUCUUUCACAUUUGGUUCAUAGUGCUACACAGGAACCAAAAGAAAGACACCUGAAAUAUCUUCGAGUAUAUGUUUAAAUUAUAUUGAUUUUCUAAGUGUUAUAUUUGUACUUACUUUUGAGUACUUACUAUUCUAUAAAGCGUAUCUUAUUGAUUAUCUAAAUAAAGGAUGUGAUUAAACAGG